CAUUUCACGUGGGACAAACCCUCAAUCACAACCCAGUCUUUCUUUCUCUCUCUUCUUCUUCGCCCUUUCUUCUCUCUCUACUCUCUCUAAGCAUCUCUGUAAAGCUCUGGCAGACUAUUUUACCGAGGAAAACCAAAUUGGAACCUUUUGUGAUCUUACACUUGUCGAUGCUGUUAUCAGUGUUUGGGCAAUCGUGGGCUGUGGAAAUUUCUGGCUUGUGAAGAAGAUCGUUUUUGGGUCGUCUUAGCAGAAUUGGCAAUGUUCAAGUGGGGUUGCGAGCGCCUCGCUGAACUUGAUUUUGGAACAGGGAUCUGCUACUUCCUCAUCGGAAAUGUUUGAUUGGAACGACGAAGAGGCAAUCACUAAGGUGCAACUACAUCAUGUCCCACUUUCAUGCCAUUGCAUAUCAUAUUCUUUCUUCUACAGCUUACAGACAUAAUAUGGGGUGAGGCCACUGAGAGUGGUGACCACAUUGUGCCUUAUCCCAAGGAAAAUGAACAGAAGCUAUUAGUUACGUUUGGAGAUCAAAUCAAGAAACAAUGGGAUCAAGAUGCCAAAACUAUUAAAACUGUGGAGCAGAAGACAACUGGACCUAAAAAUGAUUCCACCGACUGUCGACUGGAAAGUAGUCCGCAAUUUAACAGAAAUGAAGGAUUUUCAGCUUCAGGAUUUGACAUGGAUUCUUGGUCUGAUUUUCCAUUAUCAAUUGCUGAAUGCGACGAGGGAUAUGCUGAUAGAAAUGGUCAGGACUCUAUCGGUGAAAUUAGAAAUUUGAACACAGCAAGAGCUGAUACAGCUCAACUAGAGAGUGAUCGUGAAUUGUUUGUGGACGAGCAUGUUGACAAAGAAGGUGGUUUUCUCGACUAUGGUUGGGCUAACAUUGGGAGUUUUGAUGAUCUUGAUAGAAUAUUUAGCAAUGAUGACUCAAUAUUUGGACAUGAAAGUCUUGGUAAUGCGGAUGAACUUUGGUCAUCCACAGAUGUAAUCAGAAGCCCAGCAAAAUCCUUCCCUUUGUCUACUGGUUCUCCAAGUUCAGUGUUAGGAGCAUUGAAGAGUAUGCCAGAGCAGUCUGAAGUCAAAAAGGAAUUUGUGCCACAUGAAGCCCAGUCUGCUACCCCUGGAAAUAAGAAGAUGAACGAUCAUGAUUCUCAUGGUUUACAGAAUUUGCAUCCAAGCAGAGAUGAAGUUGCUGGAAAGCAUAGCUGCUUAUGUAUUGACUCACUGGUUGAAGGUGCUGCAGGGGGAAGUAAGCUGCUGUUGGAGGGGAAGAAAACUCCAGAGGAAAUUGGAAAGAUAGAGGCAUCAGUCGCGCACUCUCUUAAUGAGAAUGACUUUGCAGACGAGGGAAGUAAGCUAAAGAAAUCCCAGAUAAAGUCAGAGGAAAAAGGUGAAGGAAAACUUUCUCAAGACUUGCAUGGUGCCUGGCCCCCCACUGCUAACCAAUGUCAACAAUUUGGGAAUCAAUUAGCAACCUCUGCUUUACAAACAUUUCCACCUUCAGUUCUCAGUCCACAAGGACAGAUUGGUGGGCCUGAUUCUUUGAGAUACCUUCAAACCUCCCAUUCAUAUUUUCCUGCUGGGUAUGGAAAUCAGGCACCUCCCUAUCCAUUCAUGCCUCCUUUGCAACACCAUCCUGAGAGGGAUAAGCUUCAUUCGGUCCUUGUUGGUCAUGAAUUCUCUCCCAGAUCAUCGAAGCAUGCCAGUGCAUUAAGGAAAUCACCAGAUGUUUCAAAAAAUUCUUUGCUCAUGACCCCUCAGGAAAAGAUUGAAAAAUUAAGGCGGCGGCAGAAAAUGCAGGCAAUGCUUGCCAUUCAGAAACAACAGCAGCAAUUCAAUCAUCAGGCUACUUGUACUGACCAGUCAAUGACCCGAAAGUGUCAUCAGGAGGAUCAAAGUGAAGAUAUAGUAGGAACUAAAAUUGAAGCGGAAGAAAACUUAAAAACUCCUCCAUCCGUGGACACAACUUCACCUGUAGAACAAGAUGAUUCCAAUACUGUCUCUAUGGUGGUUGAUGAAUGUUCACUGGAGGAAACAAUACUUGAUCAACUUCUAGAAGUUAUUGCAAAGUUGGAUAUUAGAACAAGGCUAUGUAUUCGAGAUAGCUUGUAUCGUUUGGCCCAAAGUGCAAUGCUAAGGCAUAGUGCUGCUGAUACAAGUAGGACCAAUAAAAGUAGUGCGGAUGAAAAUGAGGCUGCUGCAAAAGAAGAAUCAAACAGUCUCAACAGGUUUGGACUCUAGAAAGCAAUUAUGAUAUUGCAUU